AAAAACCGACGAAAAAAAAAAUACAACACCCGCGCACCAAUUGCGUUUCCGAAUCACACAACCACACUCCCCCUCUCCCGGUACAAUGAUCUCAAGAUCUGCCAUCAAGAGGGGAAGCCAGCUGGCCCUCCGUCGGCCAGUCUGCGCUCCCGUCGCGCAGACCCGUGGCUUCGCAUCACCAGCACCAGGAGCUACCGGCACAGGCUCGGCAUCAUACGAGCCUACCAGCAUCGCCGGCCUCAAGGUUGCCUCCAAGGAUGCCCAUGGCCCCACGACCAAACUUGCUCUUGUGGUCAAGGCCGGUACCAGAUAUCAGCCUCAGCCCGGCCUGACCGUCGGUCUGGAAGAGUUUGCGUUCAAGAACACGAACAAACGAUCCGCGCUCCGCAUUACUCGGGAGACUGAGCUUUUGGGCGGUCAAUUGAAGGCUUACCACACACGCGAAGCCGUCGUCUUGGAGGCUGCAUUCCUCAGGGAUGAUCUCCCCUACUUCGUCGAGCUGCUCGGAGAGGUUGCGAAUGAGACGAGGUACACCACCCAUGAGCUUCACGAAGAGGUUGAGCAGACGAUCCACCUGGCCCAAGAAAAGCUUGCACACGAUUCUCUGGCUCAGGCAGUGGAUGGAGCUCACGCUGUUGCUUUCCACACCGGUCUGGGCGCGCCCGUCCUCCCGUCCACCUCGACGCCCCUUUCCAAGUACAUGAACGAGCACUCCGUUGCCGCGUUUGCUGGCGCCGCCUACACCAAGUCGAACGUCGCUCUGGUUGCCGAUGGCGCGUCUCAGAGUGGACUGCAGCAGUGGGUUGACUCCUUUUUCAAGGAUCUCCCCAGCCAGUCCUCAAGCGAGAUCUCGCUGCUGAGCAACAAGUCGACCUACCAUGGUGGCGAACACCGUGCUGAACUCCCCGGCAAGAGCUCCUACGUUAUUGCUUUCCCUAGCGCUAGCAUUGCCGAGUCUAAGCCCGAGAUCGCCGUGAUUGAGGCUCUUCUGGGCGGCAACCCUAGCCUUUCGUGGUCCACCGGCUUCACCCUCCUUUCCAAGGCGGCUGCGAACACGCCUGGUGCCAAGGCUGUGGCCAAGAACCUGUCCUACUCGGAUGCCGGUCUCUUGACCAUCCAGAUCACUGGUGCUGCCCCUGCCGUCCGCAAGCUUGCUGAGGAGUCAGUCAAGGCGCUCAAGACCAUUGCUGAGGGUGGUGUUGCUCAGGAGGACCUGACAAAGGCCAUUGCUAAGGCCAAGUUCAACGCGUUUACUGCCCACGAACUCACUGGUGCUGGCAUCGUCGCUGCUGGUACUAGCAUCAUCCACGGUGCUGAGCUGUUCCAAGCUGCCCAGACUAUCAAGAGCCUUGAGACAGUAACAGCAGAGAAGAUCAAGACUGCUGCCAAGGCUAUUAUCGACGGCAAGGCGUCUGUAUCAGCCGUUGGUGAUUUGCACGUUCUGCCACCAAUACACGACGGACAACUUCCGAACACCGCAGUUCAAUUCCCGCCCACCCGACAAAAGACAUCGAUCACGACCUCCAAAAUGACUUUCGCGUGGAAAGCCGCUGGCAUUACCUACAACCGCUACCUGGCCAUUGCCGGCCGCGCGGUCCGUCGCAGCCUGAAGGAGGACAAGAGAAUUGUUGCCGAGCGCCGCGGCGAGAUGGAGUUGCGGUUCGCCAAGUGGAACAACGGCAAGCAAGGUGAGGUCCAAAACCUUGCCGAGGCCAACAACGCCGCCGCUGGUUCGAGCUCGUCAUAAGCAUAUGCUAUAGAUUGGGAUAGAGGAGAAAGAGGGAGGCCUGGGGAUGUGGUGACGGAGUUGCUGCAUCAGGCGGUAAUCGGGUGAGGUGUCCGCCGGGCAUCGCGAAAGAGCUGUAUUAUCAAACCCAUUGAGUUCGAAUGCCAACAAUAGCUAUUGAAGAAGACCCGGGAUGCUCUUCAGGGUGAUGCAAGCAUUUACUGCGCGUGGUGUUCGGUAAAGUCCAUUGGAUAUCUUGAUGCUUCUCUUUUUGUUAUUCUCAAAUUCAUGCAAAGCUACAUCAUUAAGCUUAGAUGCGAACUUCUUGGUCUUUUAAUGGUUCAAUUGUAACUGUAAGGCAUUUAAUAAGGUUGUUGCUGGCGCCG